AUGAAUUAAAAUUAGUAAGACACUGAAGAGCCAAGUUCAAAAUUGAAUUAGCUAAUGUUAACUGAUGAACCUAUAGGUGAAAUUUAGGAUUUUCUCAAUUAUUCUCUAUCAGAAGGCAACUUCUCAAUCCAAGGUUCAAAAAUCAAUGGCAAUAACAAUUAGAAGAAUCACAGUUCUAAUCAAAAAGCGCACGAAGGCAAAAGAGUCUAAUUUGAUUCAACACCCAAUAGUCCCUCUGCCCAUUUCCUAGUGAAUAAAUAGAGCAUCAGACUUUCUGAACCUCCUCAACAUUUACAUCAAUAACAGCAAAUAUACAGUGUCAUUUAAUUCUGCUUCAUCAAGAGGUUCAUCAAUCGAAUAAGUUGGAAAAAGAAAAUAAAUGCCUAAUUUAACUUCUAUCAAUACAACAUACUCAAGGAUUUGGGUUCGUCCUUCAACCUAAAACUAUUUAGAGAUAGUGCCCUUAACCUCAAACCCAUGAUUAGUCAAUUUAGCAACUCCAAUGACAAUUUCAAUUAGAGUCUCAAAAAGAAGUAAUCAUAUUAACUCUCUUAUUCUUAGGGAAUUCACAAAAAAAUUAUCAAGGCAUUAUUCUAAUUUAAAAACUUGCACCAAUAAUUUAUACAAAAAGAUAGAAUCAGAAUUAGAAAAACUACCCUUGAUUUCUCCAGAAUCUCGAUCAAAGAUAGUUUGGGAUUGUGUGGUCAUGAUAAGUAGACUAUAUUUUCUAUUUACAAUCCCACUGGACCUAGCUUGGAAUCAAUAGUAAAUCAUCUAUGGCCAGUUAUAUGCACCCACCAUUCUUAUGAUAAUGCUACUAGUCAUAGAUUUCAUCCUAAGCUUUAAUAAUUCAUUUUACUAAUUUGGAUAAAUUGUUAGUAACAGAGUCACAAUAGCCAAAAAUGUAAUCAGCAAGAGUUACGGCUUAGAAGCCAUUUCUAUACUGAUCUUGGUCAUAUAUGCUAUAAUAUUUAAUUCAUCCAAUUAAGGAUUCAAUCUGAUGGACGAUUGGUGGGAUCUACUAAUGUUGUUAUUUUAUGUACAAUGCAGGAAUAUUCCGAAAUUAAUUAGUCAAGUUGAGGAGACUUUAAAUUUAUCAAAGCCUAGUAGUUCAUUAUUAGAGUUGUUUAAAUUACUAUUGGUGUUAUUCUUUGUUCUACAUUGCUAUUCAUGUCUUUGGUACUUUGUAAUUAUUAAUAUUAAUAAUUUGUUUAGGUUGGUUAUUAUAGUUAGUUGUACUAAGAAAAGGGAAGCUGGCUAGAAUUUUAUCAUAUCGAGAAUGAGACUUGGUAAGUCUAAUAUCUAUAUUCCUUCUAUUUCUCUACAGUAACUAUGUUCACUAUUGGUUAUGGAGAUGUCGUACCUAUUAGUUAUUUAGAAAGGAUUGUUGCUAUUCUCUACAUGAUGAUUUGUAGUAUUCAAUUAAGUUACAGUGUUAGUACUGUUGGAGCAAUCAUUGAUACAAUAUCAGCCUAUGGAUAGGAAAAGAUGCGCAAAAUGAGAAAGAUAAAUUCUUAUAUGUAGAAUAGAAAAAUUGAAUAUGAAUUACAAUAUUAAAUUAGAGAAUAUCUGAAUUAUUAUUGGGAGUCACAAAAUCAAGUAGAAAAUGAUGAAUUAAAUGAGAUAAUUAAUCAGUUAUCAGAAAAUCUAAGAGAGAAAUUAAUGAACUAAUCAAACUCAAUGAUUUUAAAUGAAUGCCCCUUAUUUAAAAACAAUUUCAGUGAUGCCUUAAAAUCUAAAUUAGUUCAUAAAAUUAAGCCUGCAGUAAUUCAACCAGAGAACAUAAUCAAUUUUGAUUCAAUAUUCCCUUAAGCACCUGCUGGCUAAUUAUAUGUUUGUUUUGUUGAAUUUGGAGACAUUUAAAUCUUUAUUUAGAAUGAUUAAAUUGACUAAAUCUUAGAAAAUCCAUAAAUUGCUGAAGUCAGCAAGGUUGGUUAAGGUUCAAGUCUUGGUAUUGUCAGUUUUAUCAGUGGGAAAUAAUCAUAGGAAAGAUUUAGAAGUAUAGGAUUUUCAAAACUAUUGAUGUUAUCCCGCGAUGACUUUUUAAAAGUAAUCUAAGACUUCCCAGAAGAUUAUGAAAGAUUUAGAAAUCUAUAUGAUAGUAUUUAAUUUGAUGACGUGAGUGCAUUACAUAUGAAAUGUUUCAGUUGCAACUCAAGUUAUCAUAGAGUCCUUUAAUGUCCUUUAUUGCAUUAUAUUCCAGACAGAGAAUUGAUAAUAAAAAGACAUUAAUAUAGUUAAAAUUAAACAAGAAACCACCAUUUUUUGAGAAAUCCAUUUAGACAGAGAGGCUAUUUUGCUGCCAGAUUCGAUUAAGAAGUGAUAGAAUAAGAAGCAUCUUCUUUUAAUAAUAACAAUUGGAAAUGGGCAGAAUUUUAUGAGGAACCUGAGGAUGAGAUAUUAAAAAAAAGCGAUGUUUAAGUUAAUUAAGUUAGUUUAGAUUAAAGUAGUUCUAACCUACAAAUUUUAAACUAACCUUAAUUUCAAUAGAUAUCCAAUUCAACUUCUUUCCUUUCGGUUAAUGAUACAUCUCCAAAAUUAAAUUUAGAACCUCCAAUUACUAAAAAGAAAGCAACUUUAUUCAAGUAGAGAACAAAAACUAUUGAACUAAUGGAUUUAGAUGAUAAAACUUUGAAAGCAUCUUUAAUGAGUAAGGCUAGGAAUUAGAAUAUAUUUAACAAUAAUCUGAUGAUUAUUUAAGAAGAGGAUUAAUUUGAAAGUUCUCCUAAUAGCAAAUUCAAAAAGAUGAGACCUUCUGUCACUAUUGAAUUAAAUCCUCAGAGAGUUAAGUAAAACAUUUAAAAAAUGAAAAGAGUCGUUAAGGUAAUUACGAAUAUGAAUAGAAUAAAAAAAAGGCAAAAACUUAAAAAAGAAACAAAAUAAAUUGUCAAUUCGUUUUUAGAGAUCAUUUAAGCUUAGAAUUUUAUGAAAGGACUAUUAUCUAAAGUGGCAAUUCGGUUAAAAUAGAUACAAGAUGGCAAAAAGUAAAUCUUAUCAGAAAAAGAUAUUGCAGAUACAAUGCUCUUGGAAAUAAAAAUAAAAAUGUAGAUAAACCUAUUGAAUGAGUACUAAAAGAAAGAUUAAUAAUUAGUAAUGGAAUCCUAUAAAAAGUUUAAACAUUACUAAGUUUAAAAUAAUUUAGAUUCAAUCUUAGAAAGAAUGUAUUUUUAUUAACAGUAGCACCUCCUAAAUAAUAAAAACAAAGAUUAUUAGUCUUAGUUGUUGAAAUAUAUGAUCUAUCCUGAAAUAUUCUUUGAAAAAUACAGGUAUCAAUAGAUCAUCAUACCAAAAUUUAAUAUGUCUGAAUCUAGAAGGGACUCUGCAGCUGAGUCUGAGCAUACUUUAAGGCGAAGUAAAAUCCUUAAGAAAAGCUUCAGAAAUGUUAAAUCAACUUAAGUGAGACCUUUAUCAGAAGGAACAGGCAAAUUACAUAUUUGA